CACUGAUGAUCAGUGUGCCCUGAUGAUCAGUGUGGCCCCAGAAGUGCCACCUGUCAGUGUCCAUCAGUGCCAGCCGUCAGUGCUGAACAGUGCCACGUGCCAGUGCCCAUCAGUGCCACAUAUCAGUGCCCAUCUGAGCUGCCUUUCAGUGUCACCCAUCGGUGCCAGUCAGUGCCACCUAUCAGUGCUGCAAAUCAGUGCCGCCUAUCAGUGCCAUAUAUCAGUGCUGCCUUUCAGUGCUCAUCAGUGAUGCCUGUCAAUGCCCAUCAGUGAUGAUGCCUGUCAAUGCCCAUCAGUGCCGCCUACCAGUGCCUCAUCAGUGCAUUUUAUCAGUGGCCAUCACUACAGCCUCAUUAGCGCACAUCAGUGAAGGAGAAAAAUCACUUAUUUACAAAAUUUUAUAA